AUGGCUAUCUUGAAAUUCGAUAUCAGAUCUCUUCUGGAUCAAGUGGCUGCCUUAUCCGUGGGAAUAAUUGCGUAUUCGGAAGGAGACCGGGCUGACCCGGUAAAGAUCAGCUAUGCCGAACUACGCAAACAAGCAUUGCAAAGAGCAUCAUGGCUGCAAAAACUUGCAGAAUUUCGCCGAGGGGGUGUUAUCCUGGUUCAUUUUCAGUAUCAUUUGGAUAAUAUCAUAUGGUUUUGGGCCACCAUCCUAGCUGGUAGUGUGCCAGCCCUAUCUACUCCUUUGGUUAGCACGACCGAGGGCCGUAAGGCCCAUUUCAAGCAUCUACACAAUAUGUUGCAGGAUCCUUUGCUGCUCAGUCGUCAGAAUUUACUCGCAGAUUCAUUCGCAGAGAAUAAAAUUCUACGUACUGUAGCAGUGGAGGAAUUUGAAGAUUCCGGGUUCAAAGAAUCAACCACGGAUAUUGCCACAUACAGCCACAUCAAUGGAGAUGGAGAGGAUCAUGCCAACAGCGAUGUAGCUGUUCUCAUGCUCACAUCUGGAAGCUCUGGAAAUUGCAAGGCAGUGUGCCUGACACAUCAGCAAAUAUUUACCUCGAUUCGUGGAAAAUUGGCGGUGAUGCCAGUUACCAAUGGCAGUUCCGUGCUCAAUUGGAUUGGACUAGAUCACGUUGCCAGCCUGACGGAAACACACCUUCUUGCUAUGUACGCGGGUGUCGAUCAGAUCCAGAUUCAGGCGCCCGAUGUACUUAGCAAUCCACUGCUAUUUCUGCGGUUGCUGACCAAACACGAAGUCUGCAUGACCUUCGCCCCGGACUUUUUUUUGCGCAAGCUUCUAGUGACAUUGGAUACGGCGUCCAAAGAGGCUAAGCAAGAAUUUGAUCUCAGCCCACUACUCUAUUUGAUUUCGGGUGGAGAGCCCAACAAUGUCGAUACUGGUUCGCGCGUUACAAGGCACCUACAAAGCCUGGGGGUUUCACCAUCAAACCUCAUCACCCCGGGUUUUGGUAUGACCGAAAUCUGUGCGGGGGGCGUUUACAAUCGCAAUUUCCCUGAUAUCGAUAUCAAGGCGCAACGCGAAGCUGGCGCUCUUGGAUCCAGCAUUCCAGGCAUCGAGAUACGAAUAUCGCCCAUUGAUGCAAACGAGCCGAGCCCUGCGCCCCAGUCCAAUGGUGUGGGCGGUGGAGCUGCCAAUCACGCCGGUGUACUGGAAGUACGUGGACCUGUCGUGUUCUCAAGAUACUUCAACAAUGACGAGGCCACCAAGACUGCCUUCACGGAGGAUGGCUGGUUCCGGACCGGAGAUCUUGGUAUAAUCGAUGCCCAGGGCCAGCUAAAGCUGGCUGGUCGACUCAAAGAGUUAAUCAACAUUAACUCGGUCAAAUUCCUACCUUAUGAAAUUGAAAGUGCUAUUGAACAAGCACGUAUACCAGGAGUGACCCCUUCGUUUGUUGCGUGCUUUUCCUACAAGGAAACCAGCAUCAGCCCCGAGGAAAUCUACGUCGUAUAUCAACACGAUUUUGCAAGCGAUGAUAUCGAGGCCCGCAUGUCAACACUUCACGCGCUGAUGCGCACUGUCAUUCUGUUUACAUCUGCACGGCCACGAGUCCUGCCCCUGCCGCCUGGUGUCCUGGAGAAGACAACCCUAGGAAAGUUGUCGCGACCGAAAAUUCAAAACGCGUUGGCAGAGGGGAAAUACAGGGACCAGGGAAUCUUCAACGAUCGGGUACUACAAGAAUAUCGAGAGGCGCACUUCUCCGGUCCUAGCAAUGAGAUUGAGCACAAUCUUGUGGCGGUUUUCAAGGAGACGCUCGGACUCGACAAGGACAUUAGUAUCGAUAUGCCGAUUCUGGACACUGGAAUCAGUUCAGUGGAUUUGAUUCGAUUGAAGAGAGCUGUUGAGGAGGAUCUCUGUAUUGAAGAUAUUCCCAUGAUCACCAUCAUGACCAACACAACCAUUCGAACCCUGGCAGCAGCUAUCCAGAAGCUCGAGACCUCAGAUCUCACUACCGUGUAUCAACCUGUUGUCACACUACAACCACACGGAUCCAAGACGCCUUUGUGGCUGUUCCACCCGGGAGUCGGGGAGAUUCUAGUUUUCCUCGCGUUAGCUCAGCAUUUCCCAGACAGGCCCGUCUACGCAAUGCGACCCCGCGGCUUCAACCCGGGCGAGGAGACCUUCCAGGACCUCGCCAACCUCCAUGCCACAUACUACAAAGCCCUGAAGGAAAAACAGCCUAAUGGACCCUACGCCUUAGCAGGAUAUUCAUAUGGUGGCAUGGUAGCCUUCGAACUCGCAAAGAAGCUUGAAUCAGUCGGCGACGAAGUGAAGUUCAUAGGCAGCUUUGACCUACCACCAUAUAUCAGGCAUGUCAUGGGUCGACUAGACUGGACAGGGUGUCUUUUACACGUCGCCUUUUUCUGUGACCUCUUUUCGGAAGACCGUGCUGAUGAAUUGGCACCUGAAAUUCGCACUUUGCCUAAGUCAGAGCAGCUGGCACGAGUGUUUGCCGAAGCAAACCCAGUUCGUAGGGCUGAGUUGGGAAUAACACUUACCUCGCUGGAUACCUGGACUGAAGUAACCUUCUCCCUUGCAAAUAUAGGUCGUAACUACGAUCCAUCCGGUACAGUUUCUUGUAUGGAUGUUUUCUUCUGUGAUCCGUUACGAGGUGUGGCUGCAUCGAGGGAAGAGUAUCGCUACAAACAACUGAAUCGUUGGGAGGAGUUUGUUAGCAAUGAUCUCAAGUUCCAUGAGGUGGAUGGACAGCAUUAUACGAUGAUCUCCCCUGAACGUGUACCGAAGUUUCAACAGAAGUUGAAAGACGUUCUUUCUGCGAGGGGCGUCUGA